AUGGAACUCCAAAAGCCAGGUCUAGAAAACCUAAUCGAGAAGUUAACCAACCUGAAGAUGUUGCAUCUCAAUCAAGUCAACAUUUCUUCAUCAAUACCACAUAUCUUCAUGAAUCUAUCUUCCUUGACUGAAUUAUCCCUAGAAGAGUGCGAAUUGCAAGGUGAAUUUCCUGCAAAGAUAUUUCAGUUACCCAAUCUUCAGAUGCUCAAUGUGCAGCACAACCUAGAUCUAAUCGGAAAUUUUCCAGAAUUUCAUGAAAGCAAUCCACUUCAAGAACUGAGACUCGGGGGCACGAGCUUCACUGGUGAGAUUCCAAAUUCAAUAGGGAAUCUUAGAUCUUUAUCUCACAUGGAUAUUCAUAAUUGCAAAUUUACAGGAACGAUUCCCUCUUCACUUGGUAAUCUUACCAAGAUCACUUCUCUUUACUUGUCUCAAAAUAAAUUUUCAGGUGAUUUGUCUACUUUAUUGGGAAAUCUUUCUUCUUUAGAAAAACUUGGCAUAUCCAGUUAUGAUUUUUCAAUGCAGAAUUCUCUUUCAUUGUCUUGGAUCAGUAGGCAUAGCAGAUUGACUUAUUUAAGCAUUUCAGAAAUCAACCUAGUGGGUGAGAUUCCAUCUUGGCUCAUGAACCUAACCCAACUUCAGUUUUUAAAUAUGGGUAACAACCAAUUAACUGGUCCAAUCCCAUAUUGGCUCAUGAACCACAACCAAUUAUCGAGUCUAUUUCUGCAGUCUAAUCAAUUAACUGGUCAUAUUCCUUCUCAAAUUAGAAAUUUGACCAAAUUGAUGCAACUUGGAUUAUCAUCGAAUCAAUUUAAAGGUUCGAUUCCUGCCUCCAUCCUUGAACUCAAGAAUCUCGAAUACCUUGAUCUUCAGGGGAAUAAUUUAAGUGGUGUCGUGGAUUUACACUUGUUUCUCUAUGAACUUAAAUUUUUGAAAGUAUUAAUUCUCUCGUCAAAUUCUUUAUCCCUGAUUACCAAAACCAACAUCCAACCUGAAGUUCAGCAUCUGGGGUUUAUAGGAUUGGCUUCAUGCAACCUUAACGAAUUUCCAAAUUUCCUACACAACCUAGAGAAAUUGGAGGUUCUAGACCUUUCAUUUAACAAGAUAGCUGGCCAAAUACCCAAAUGGUUCUUAAACCAUAGUGUAGAUAGUUUGCUACACUUGAACCUUUCCUACAAUCUUUUGACUGGCUUUCAGUAUCAUCCCGAUUUUCUCCUAUGGACUCGUCUAAGGACUUUAGACCUUAGGAGUAAUAAAUUCCGAGGACCAUUGCCAGUUCCACCACUGUCCACCCAUUUCUAUCUGGUUUCACAUAAUAACCUGAUUGGCGAAAUUCCACCUCUCAUAUGCAAUUUGAGUCAACUGGAAAUUUUUGAUUUGUCUUACAAUAACCUCAGUGGCAGGCUUCCACAAUGUUUGGGCAAUCUCAGCUAUACCCUUUUAAUGUUGAAUUUGCAAAAUAACAAGUUCUGUGGAAGUAUUCCUUCAACAUUUGUGAGUGGCACAAAUCUGAUGUGGAUUGAUUUAAGCCAUAAUGAAUUGCAAGGGAGAAUUCCGAGAUCAUUGGCUAAUUGUAGAAUGCUGGAAUUUCUUGAUCUUGGAAAUAACCAGAUUAGUGAUGUUUUCCCCUCUUGGUUGGGAACACUUCCAGAGUUACAGGUUCUCAUUUUGCAUACCAAUGGGUUUUGGGGUGUAAUAAAAGAUCCUAAAACAAAUUCUGCCUUUCCAAAAUUGCGCGUCAUCGAUCUUUCUGGUAAUAGAUUUACAGGUAAUCUGCCAUGGAAAUACUUUCAAUCUUGGAAUGCCAUGAAAGUUGAAACUGCAAGUGGGCUAACAUAUAUGCAGGAACUAAUGGUCGUUGACAUUUUAUCGGGUGUUGAUGAGAGAGUUUAUCUAUUCCAAUCUCUGUACCUUUGCUCGGUAGAGAUAAAUACCAAAGGCAUUGAGUUGAUAUAUGGGAAGAUCUCAAAUUUGCUCACAGCCAUUAUUUUCUCAAACAACCGAUUUGAAGAAGAGAUUCCAGAAUCUGUUGCUGACUUAAGGGGGCUUCAUUUUCUCCGUCUUUCAAAUAAUUCUCUCUCAGGUCCCAUCCCCCCAUCCAUGGGCAAACUUGUGGCUCUAGAAUCUCUAGACCUCUCUAAUAACAGACUCUCGGGACAGAUUCCUCCAGAACUAGCACAGAUCACUUUCCUUGCAUUCUUCAAUGUUUCAAAUAAUCAUCUCACCGGCCCCAUACCACAAGGGAAACAAUUUGCCACGUUUGAGAAUGAUUCGUAUAAUGGGAACCCAGGAUUAUGCCGAAAGCCUUUAUCAAAACAAUGUGAAUCUUUUCAACCUUCACAGAAACAAGAUUCAGACUCGCAUCAGUCUCUGUUUGAAAUAUAUCUGGAAAUAAUUUUGAUUGGGUAUGCGAGUGGGCUAAUUGUUGGAGCGGUCCUUGGAAAUACCUUUGCUAAAUGA